CACACCCCCGGGACAGCUGAGGAAAGAGGAAGGAGGGAACUUGACGACUUUCCAUCUAGUCUCCCUCUUCCCAUUAGCCAAGAUUUGCCCCUUGGGGAGUGAGCUUCCACACCGUCAAAGGGCACCCCAACCCCUUGGACAGCCAUUCAGAAACCCAGGGGCCCUGCAGUCCACCCACAGCCAGAAGUGGCAGAAGAAGCAGCUGAAGGAGACUGCUCCCUCCCCCAGAGCCAGGCGGGCGGCCGGAGAGGGCUAAGCUGGAUCCCAGGUCCAAACUCCAGCCGCCGACUGGCAGCGAGGACGUGAGAGGAGCAUGGCUCGGCCGUCCGUCUGCCUGCUGGCCUCGCUGUCUGCGCUGCUCCUAGGUAUCGCCGCCGUCUCCAGAUCGAAGGGCCUGCGGGGCACGGAGAGUCAAAGGGAGCCGCGAAUCCCUUCUCAGUUCAGCCAAGAGCAGCGCAUCGCCAUGAAGGAAGCGCUGAAAGGUGCCAUCCAGAUUCCAACAGUGUCUUUCAGCCCCAAGGAGCUCAACACAACAGCCCUGGCUGAGUUUGGAGAAUAUAUUCGUAAAGUCUUUCCUACUGUGUUCCAUACCAGCUUUAUCCGGCAUGAGGUCGUAGGAAAUUACAGCCACCUGUUCACUAUCAAAGGCUCAGACCCCAGCAUGCAGCCCUACAUGCUCCUCGCUCACAUUGACGUGGUGCCUGCCCCGGACAAAGGCUGGGAUGUGCCCCCCUUCUCUGGGUUGGAGCGUGAUGGCUUCAUCUAUGGUCGAGGCACACUGGACAACAAGAACUCUCUUAUGGCAAUCCUGCAGGCCUUGGAGCUUCUGCUGAUCAGAAACUACAUCCCCCGAAGAUCUUUCUUCAUUGCUCUGGGCCAUGAUGAGGAGGUAUCAGGGAUAAACGGGGCUCAGAAGAUCUCAGCCCUGCUACAGGCAAGGGGUGUCCAGCUAGCCUUCGUGGUGGAUGAAGGGAGCUUCAUCUUGGAUGGUUUCCUUCCCAACCUCAAGAAGCCCUUUGCCAUGGUGUCAGUUUCCGAGAAGGGUGCGAUUAACCUCCGGCUGCAAGUCAACAUGACUCCAGGCCACUCUUCAGCUCCUCCAAAGGAAACAAGCAUAGGCAUUCUCGCAGCCGCAGUCAGCCGACUGGAGCAGACACCAAUGCCGAACAUGUUUGGAAGUGGGCCGCUGAGGAUGGCACUGGAGCAACUGGCAAAUGAGUUUCCCUUCCCUACCAAUAUAGUCUUGAACAACCUGUGGCUAUUUCGGCCCCUUGUAAGCAGGUUGAUGGAGAGGAAUUACGUAACCAAUCCGAUGGUCAGGACCACCGCAGCGCUCACCAUGUUCAAUGCCGGGAUCAAGGAGAACGUCAUCCCCCCUGUGGCCGAGGCCAUCAUCAACUUCCGAAUUCACCCUGCACAGACUGUUCAGGAGGUCCUAAAACUAGCCAAGGACAUUGUGGCUGAUGACCGGGUCCAGUUCCACGUGUUGGAUGCCUUUGACCCCCUGCCCAUCAGCCCCUCUGAUGAUCAGGCCUUGGGUUACCAGCUGCUCCGCCAGACCAUACAAUCUGUCUUCCCGGAAGUCAACAUUGUUGCCCCAGGUACUUGUAUUGGCAACACAGACAGCAGACACUAUCUAAAUCUUACCACUGGCAUCUACCGGUUCAACCCCGUCUACCUACAGCCUCAGAGCUUCAGUAGCAUCCAUGGAAUCAACGAGAAAAUCUCGGUGGAAGCCUAUGAGACCCAGGUGAAAUUCAUCUUCGAGUUUAUCCAGAAUGGUGACACGGACGUGGAGCCAGUUCCUCACCUGCACGAACUGUGAGGUUAGAGACCAGCUGGAUUAGGGAUACCUGAUGCUGGACCAGGACUAACCCAAGGGGGAAAGCCAGUGUUGAUGUCAAAAAUCAUGUUAUAAUGACCUCACCCACCUGUCUUGGUCACUCCUAAACUCAAUGAAAAACAAGGCCGGGAAGAAGGGGAGAACCAGCAGGAAGCUGGCCUCUCCCUCCAGACAGCUCCUCGAUUCGCCAUCCGCCAUCCGUUAUUGCCUUCUUUUCCGUCUUUUACAAUAGAAGGUAUCUGGCUUGACUGCCUUGCACUGGUGAUGUCACUGCUCCUUGUUGAGGCCUAACUGAGCAAACACAGAUUUGAAAAAUAUCAACCAGAUUUUACCUCUUAAAAGUUUAAUUUAAGGCACGCUUGUUGAGCUGCCUUUUCCUCGGCUUAUAAAUUUGUUCUUGCCAUAACUUCCUUUCCUUUUUUUCCCCCUCCCUUCUUGGAUUGUUUAUCUGGCUCUUCAUCUCUCCCCUCCUCCCCCUGCCUCUCACCUCUUCCCCUUCCAUUUAUUCUGCACCUGGAGCAGGACUUAAACUGUGUCACUACCAUAAUUACCGCAACAGCUGGUCAAAUAAAGCAGUCUGUGCA